AUGGCCGCGACAAUGGACUUUUUCAGAAUUUCCAUCAAAGGCGUUCAAAUCAAAGGGUAAGUUUUGCAGCAGUGGUAUUUUCUGCGUAAACUAAUUGCCUUACCGCACUUCAUGUGAAAUUCCUUCAGAAAACAAAGCCUUACUUGGCUCUUCUAUCUCCAUGGCUUACGCUGUUUAAUUUGGAUAAUUUUCAGAUAUCACCAUUUCAAGGUUAAAGCACGAUCUGGGACACCAUUUAUCGUUAGAAAGGAAGCUUACAACGAGUAUGAUCCCUUCGCACUGGCAUGUCUUAUCCCUGCCGAAUUGGAACUAAUUCCGGAGCCUUUGCGGAAAAUGGCCAUUUACAGCAAAUCAAAGCGAAAAAGUUACACUUUGGAAGAUGUGCGAGGGUCUCAGAUCGGCAGAAUUCAGUAUUUUUUAAACAGGGAGCUAUCCUACCUUCUGGAGUGUGGCAAUCGCGGAUUGAAGGGUAAGUGAAUUAUCGGUUAUCUCCUUUGUCUGAAUAUUUUUCUGUGUAAUAAAUUGAAACGAAGCUAUUCAGUUUACUUGUACCGGUGAACAGUUUUGGAAUUCGUCGGCCUGAAUUUUUUAAUCUGCGUUUGUCUCUUCUCUCUAAGGAUUGUCAACGGAGAACCAACGGUUUCUGUUCGUCCCAACGCAGCCCAAAAGUUCCAAAGAAAUAAACAGGCUGGUGGAGGGGCUUACAUCCCGGCUACUAUUCACGUUGAAGGUCCACGCGAGCACAAAAAGGCCGUGCUCGACAGACUCCGCACGUCCUUAGCGGAGUGCGAGAAUGGAGAGCUGAUGACAAUCGAUAUCGAAAAUUAG